AACAUCAUCAUCAUAUAAUCCCCUCACGUUUUCUUCAACUUCACAUCUCUAAUCCAAUCCAACACACCGCUCACUACAACAAAACAGGCUUUUUACGAUUAAUUAUUCAGCCCUUGACCAGCGUUCACUGCAAUAAAACCGGUCAUUUACGACGAAUUAUUUAAUCUUACACAACCGUUCACUACAACAAAAUAGGCUAUUUACGAAAAAUUAUUUAAGCUAGACCUGCUGUAUUAUAUUUGUGUACAAUGACGGCAGCUGUGUCUAUGCUCGAUACCAAGUGUGAGCUAGAUAAGCUCACUUCAGAAAUCUUCUCGAUUCUCGAAAACAAGUUUCUUUUUGGACAUGAUGAUGGAAAGCUUUCUUUGACUGAUGAACAUGCGAAUGUCUUGCAUCUCGAACAGUUUAAGUCCAGCAAGCACAUUACCGGAAAAGUUAGGAUUCUCUCUAUUGACGGUGGUGGUGCCACCGACGGUGUACUCGCCGGAAAAUCUCUAGUUCAACUGGAAGCCAAUUUACAGCGAAAAUCCGGCGACCCAUCUGCCCGAAUUGCUGAUUAUUUCGAUGUCGUUGCUGGCUCCGGCGCCGGAGGUAUUCUCGCCGCACUUCUCUUCACUGCCGGAAAAGACAGAAAACCGUUUUGCACAGCACAAGAAGCUUUGAAUUUUAUUACAGAAAAUCGCCGGAAAAUUUCUAGGGUUCCGGCGAAGGGGCUACUCCGGCGGGUUUUCCGGUUGUCGGAGAAUGUGUUUGAGAAGAGUUUCGGUGAGUUGACAUUGAAAAAUACAUUGAAGUCUGUUUUAGUGCCUUGUUAUGAUUUAACAAGUGGCGCACCUUUUGUGUUUUCCCGCGCUGAUGCAUUCGAAAUCGACGGCUGUGAUUUCAUGAUCAAAGAUGUGUGUGCUGCCACAUCAGCUGGUCAGGUGGCAAUAGAGAUCAAAUCGGUUGAUCAGAAGAACAAGAUUCUGGCCAUAGGCGGCGAGGUUGCUAUGAAUAAUCCGACAGCCACCGCGAUCACUCACGUGCUUAAUAAUAAGCUAGAGUUUCCAUUUUGUAACGGUGUUGAUGAUUUAUUGAUCGUGUCGUUGGGUAAUGGCGAAAUUUAUAAUGGAAGCAUUGCUCGGAAAUCAGCAACAUCAUUCAUCAAAAUUGCUGGAGAGGGUGUUUCAGACAUGGUUGAUCAAGCUGUGUCAAUGGCAUUCAGGGAGGCCAAAACCGGUGAUGAUUAUGUCCGUAUACAAGCGAAUGGUAGUGUUGCAUCGGUAGAUCAAAUGUUGAGACAAAAGAAUGUAGAAUCAGCAUUGUUCAAAGGCAAGAAAUUGGUGGAAAUUACUAACUUGGAGAAACUGAAAUCAAUUUCUGGAGAAUUGAUCAAGGAGCAUGAAAGGAGAAAGACUGGCAUUUUGCCUACAGUGGUGUUAAAGCAGGCGUCUGGGGGAUCACCCAGAACUUCAUCUGCGAGAUCAUCAUCAACAUUAUCUUCUGAAUAACGUGUCGACUAAUAUUCAAGAUUCUUAUAUUUAUAUUUAAUGCGUGACUCUAUUUGAGUCGAGUUGUGCUUGCUUUGCCACUCGUGACAAAAUGUUGUUCGAGAUUGCGCUAUAGUUUAAGUUAAAAUAGCUGCAGAUAUACUAAUCUGGAGGAGUCUAGAAUGCUUAAUUAACAGAUUGCUUUAAGAGGAAGCAAGAAUUUGUAAAAGUUAUUGUUAGUGAAUCUGGAAUAUUAAGACUGUUUUAUUA